CGACGAGUCAGUAUAGACCAGGACCCUAUGGAGGUGCUCCGUCUCAAUUUGGAGGACAGCAGCCUCAGUUUGGAGGUACAUUUACGUCGUCGAGUACAUCAAACUACAACGGUCAACAGGUGAACCAGUUCUCUACUUCCUCCUCAUCUAGUUCCAACAAUAAAAAUUUGAUGCUGACCAGUUAUGGUCCUGCAGCUGGAGCUGGUUUGCACUCUCAGCACAACAUGACGGCGGGAGGACCAAAUAACAACUUUAUGGGAGGAUAUGCUCAUCCUGCGUCACAACAACAUCCCGCCAGUGUGAUGCAGAGUCCAGCCCCUCCGAAAUCGAGUUUCAACUUUCGACAAGGUCAACAAGGUGGCAUAACUGGCAUGAAUUCCAAUCCCCCAGCACCAGGCGCUGGCCCACAAGUUGCGCCUCCACGAACACCAGUGAGAA